CGACGCUUGGCAAGCAUGGCGCUGCUGAAAGUCAAGUUCGACCAGAAGAAGCGGGUCAAGUUGGCCCAAGGGCUCUGGCUCAUGAACUGGGUCUCCGUGUUGGCUGGCAUCAUCAUCUUCAGCCUCGGGCUGUUCCUGAAGAUUGAACUCCGGAAGAGGAGUGAUGUGAUGAAUAAUUCAGAGAGCCAUUUUGUGCCCAACUCCUUGAUAGGGAUGGGGUUGCUGUCCUGUGUCUUCAACUCUCUGGCUGGCAAGAUCUGCUACGAUUCCCUGGACCCAGCCAAGUACGCCAAGUGGAAGCCCUGGCUGAAGCCGUACCUGGCCAUCUGUGUUUCCUUCAACAUUGUCCUCUUCCUCGUGGCCCUCUGCUGCUUCCUCAUGCGGGGCUCGCUGGAGAGCACCCUGGCCUACGGGCUCAAGAACGGAAUGAAGUACUACCGCGACACAGACACCCCGGGCAGGUGUUUCAUGAAGAAGACCAUCGACAUGCUGCAGAUCGAGUUCAAAUGCUGCGGAAACAACGGCUUUCGGGACUGGUUUGAGAUUCAGUGGAUCAGCAACCGCUACCUGGACUUUUCCUCCAAAGAAGUCAAAGAUCGCAUCAAGAGCAAUGUGGAUGGGCGGUACCUGGUGGACGGUGUCCCUUUCAGCUGCUGCAACCCCAGCUCACCGAGGCCCUGCAUCCAGUAUCAGAUCACCAACAACUCGGCACACUACAGCUAUGACCACCAGACAGAGGAGCUCAACCUGUGGGUGCGCGGCUGCAGGGCUGCCCUGCUGAGCUACUACAGCAGCCUCAUGAACUCCAUGGGUGUCGUCACGCUCCUUGUUUGGCUCUUCGAGGUGAGCAUCACGGCAGGGCUGCGCUACCUGCACACGGCGCUGGACGGCGUGCCCAACCCCGAGGAGCCCGAGUGCGAGAGCGAGGGCUGGCUGCUGGAGAAGAGCUUGCCCGAGACCUGGAAGGCCUUUCUGGAAAGCGUAAAGAAGCUGGGCAAGGGCAACCAGGUGGAAGCCGAGGGCGCAGCCGCAGGCCAGGCCCCAGAGGCUGGCUGAGGGCCCAGGGCCCCUCCCCUCCCGAACACUGAG